AUGCAGGUGGUGCGGGAGCAGAUCACUCGGGCUCUGGCCAUGAAGCCGUCGUCUCUGGAUCAACUCAAAAACAAACUCCGGGCUUUGAACUAUUCCGAAAUCCUGCGUCUGCGUCAGUCCGAGCGCAUGAGCCAGGACGACUUCCAGUCCCCUCCGAUCAUUGAGUUGCGUGAGAGGAUCCAACCUGAGAUCCUGGAGCUGAUCAAGCAACAGCGACUGAACCGUCUGUGUGAAGGCAGCUGCUUCAGGAAGCUGGGAAACCGGAGACGACAAGAGAAGUUCUGGUUCUGUCGUCUUUCCCUCAACCACAAAAUGCUGCACUACGGAGACCUGGACGAGUCUCCUCAGGGGGAGGUGCCAUUCGAGCUGCUCAGCGACAAGAUCCCAGUGUCGGACGUGAAGUCUGUGGUGACGGGAAAAGACUGUCCUCACAUGAAGGAGAAGAGCGCGCUCAAACAGAACAAGACCUGCCGCAGAAAGACCCUCUUCAGACCCACUGAAAGACCAUCUUCAGACCCGCCGCAGAAAGACCCUCUUCGGACCUGCCGCAAAAAGACCGUCUUCAGACCCACUGAAAGACCAUCUUCAGACCCGCCGCAGAAAGACCAUCUUCAGACCUGCCGCAAAAAGACCGUCUUCAGACCCACUGAAAGACCCUCUUCAGACCCACCGCAGAAAGACCAUCUUCAGACCCGCCACAGAAAGACCCUCUUCAGACCCGCCGCAAAAAAACCACCUGCCGCAAAAAGACCGUCUUCAGACCACCUGAAAGACCAUCUUCAGACCCGCCGCAGAAAGACCCUCUUCAGACCCACUGAAAGACCCUCUUCAGACCCGCCGCAGAAAGACCCUCUCUGGAACCGUCGCAGAAAGACCCUCUUCGGACCCACUGAAAGACCAUUUUCAGACCCGCCACAGAAAGACCGUCUUCAGACCCGCCGCAGAAAGACCCUCUUCAGACCCGCAGAAAGACCCUCUUCAGACCCACAGAGAGACCCACAGAGAGACCCUCUUCAGACCCGCCGCAGAAAGACCGUCUUCAGACCCGCCGCAGAAAGAUCCUCUUCAGACCCACUGAAAGACCAUCUUCAGACCUGCCACAAAAAGACCGUCUUCAGACCCACUGAAAGACCCUCUUCAGACCCGCCGCAGAAAGACCAUCGCCAGACCUGCUGCAAAAAGACCGUCUUCAGACCUACUGAAAGACCCUCUUCAGACCUGCCGCAAAAAGACCAAAGACCCUCUCUGAACCCGUUGCAGAAAGACCCUCUUCAGACCCGCCGCAGAAAGACCCUCUCUGAACCCGUCGCAGAAAGACCCUCUUCGGACCCACUGAAAGACCAUCUUCAGACCCGCCGCAGAAAGACCGUCUUCAGACCCGCCGCAGAAAGACCGUCUUCAGACCCGCCGCAGAAAGACCCUAUUCAGACCCACAUAAAGACCCUCUUCAGACCCACAGAGAGACCCUCUUCAGACCCGCCGCAGAAAGACCAAAGACCCUCUUCAGACCCACUGAAAGACCAUCUUCAGACCCGCCGCAGAAAGACCCUCUUCAGACCCACUGAAAGACCAUCUUCAGACCGGCCGCAGAAAGACCCUCUUCAGACCCGCCGCAGAAAGACCAUCUUCAGACCCGCCGCAGAAAGACCCUCUUCAGAUCCGCAGAAAGACCCUCUUCAGACCCGCAGAAAGACCCUCUUCAGACCCACAGAGAGACCCUCUUCAGACCCGCCGCAGAAAGACCAUCUUCAGACCUGCCGCAGAAAGACCCUCUUCAGACCCGCCGCACAAAGACCCUCUUCAGACCCUCUUCAGACCCGCUUCAGACCCUCUUCAGACCCGCCGCAGAAAGACCAACUUCAGACCCGCCGCAGAAAGACCCUCUUCAGACCCCCCGCAGAAAGACCCUCUUCAGACCCGCAGAAAGACCCUCUUCAGACCCACAGAGAGACCGUCUUCAGACCCGCCGCAGAAAGACCAUCUUCAGACCCGCCGCAGAAAGACCCUCUUCAGACCCGCAGAAAGACCCUCUUCAGACCCACAGAGAGACCCUCUUCAGACCCGCCGCAGAAAGACCAUCUUCAGACCUGCCGCAGAAAGACCCUCUUCAGACCCGCAGAAAGACCCUCUUCAGACCCGUCGCAGAAAGACCCUCUCUGGACCCGCAAAAGAAAGACCCUCUUCAGACCCGCCGCGGAAAGACCCUCUUCAGACCCGCCGCAGAAAGACCCUCUUCAGACCCGCCGCAGAAAGACCAUCUUCAGAUCCGCCGCAGAAAGACCCUCUCUGGACCCGCAGCAGAAAGACCCUCUUCAGACCCGCCGCAGAAAGACCCUCUUCAGACCCGUCGCAGAAAGACCCUCUCUGGACCCGCAAAAGAAAGACCCUCUUCAGACCCGCCGCAGAAAGACCCUCUUCAGACCCGCCGCAGAAAGACCAUCUUCAGAUCCGCCGCAGAAAGAUCCUCUUCAGACCCGCCGCAGAAAGACCAUCUUCAGACCCGCCGCAGAAAGACCAUCUUCAGACCCGCCGCAGAAAAACCCUCUUCAGACCCGCCGCAGAAAGGCCCUCUUCAGACCCGCCGCAGAAAGACUCUCUUCAGACCCGCAGAAAGACCCUCUUCACACCCGCCGCAGAAAGACCCUCUUCAGACCCACAGAGAGACCCUCUUCAGACCCGCCGCAGAAAGACCAUCUUCAGACCCGCCGCAGAAAGACCCUCUUCAGACCCUCUUCAGACCCACAGAGAGACCCUCUUCAGACCCGCCGCAGAAAGACCAUCUUCAGACCCGCCGCAGAAAGACCCUCUUCAGACUCUCUUCAGACCCGCAGAAAGACCCUCUUCAGACCUGCCGCAGAAAGACCCUCUUCAGACCCGCUGCAGAAAGACCCUCUUCAGACCCGCCGCAGAAAGACUAUCUUCAGACCCGCCGCAAAAAGACCCUCUUCUGACCCGCAGAAAGACCCUCUUCAGACCCGCCGCAGAAAGACCCUCUUCAGACCCGCCACAGAAAGACCCUCUUCAGAGCUGCUUCAGACCCUCUUCAGACCUGCCGCAGAAAGACCCUCUCUGGACCCGCAGCAGAAAGACCCUCUUCAGACCGCCGCAGAAAAACCCUCUUCAGACCCGCCGCAGAAAGGCCCUCUUCAGACCCGCCGCAGAAAGACCCUCUUCAGACCCACAGAGAGACCCUCUUCAGACCCGCCGCAGAAAGACCCUCUUCAGACCCGCCACAGAAAGACCCUCUUCAGAGCUGCUUCAGACCCUCUUCAGACCUGCCGCAGAAAGACCCUCUCUGGACCCGCAGCAGAAAGACCCUCUUCAGACCGCCGCAGAAAAACCCUCUUCAGACCCGCCGCAGAAAGGCCCUCUUCAGACCCGCCGCAGAAAGACCCUCUUCAGACCCACAGAGAGACCCUCUUCAGACCCGCCGCAGAAAGACCCUCUUCAGACCCACAGAGAGACCCUCUUUUAUUGCCUGUGAAUGUGCAGAGGACACCCAGGCUCUGCAGAGGACACCCAGGCUCUGCAGAGGACACCCAGGCUCUGCAGAGGACAUCCAGGCUCUGCAGAGGACACCCAGGCUCUGCAGAGGACACCCAGGCUCUGCAGAGGACAUCCAGGCUCUGCAGAGGACACCCAGGCUCUGCAGAGGACAUCCAGGCUCUGCAGAGGACACCCAGGCUCUGCAGAGGACAUCCAGGCUCUGCAGAGGACAUCCAGGCUCUGCAGAGGACACCCAGGCUCUGCAGAGGACACCCAGGCUCUGCAGAGGACACCCAGGCUCUGCAGAGGACACCCAGGCUCUGCAGAGGACACCCAGGCUCUGCAGAGGACAUCCAGGCUCUGCAGAGGACACCCAGGCUCUGCAGAGGACAUCCAGGCUCUGCAGAGGACAUCCAGGCUCUGCAGAGGACAUCCAGGCUCUGCAGAGGACACCCAGGCUCUGCAGAGGACACCCAGGCUCUGCAGAGGACACCCAGGCUCUGCAGGUCUCGGGCCUUGUUCCGAUAA